GCGGGCGAGCUGAGGCGAAGUUGUCGGCGGCGGCGGUGGUGGCGGCGGCGGCGGCGGGGCCGGCAGCAUGUCGUCCAUCCUGCCCUUCACCCCCCCCAUCGUGAAGCGGCUGCUGGGCUGGAAGAAGGGCGAGCAGAACGGGCAGGAGGAGAAGUGGUGCGAGAAGGCGGUGAAGAGCCUGGUGAAGAAGCUGAAGAAGACGGGGCAGCUGGACGAGCUGGAGAAGGCCAUCACCACGCAGAGCAUCAACACCAAGUGCAUCACCAUCCCCAGAUCACUAGAUGGCCGGCUGCAGGUAUCUCACCGGAAGGGGCUUCCCCACGUAAUUUACUGCCGGUUGUGGCGGUGGCCAGACCUUCAUAGCCACCACGAGCUGCGCGCCAUGGAGAUGUGCGAAUAUGCUUUUAACAUGAAGAAGGAUGAAGUUUGCGUGAAUCCCUAUCAUUACCAGAGAGUGGAGACGCCAGUUCUACCUCCAGUGCUGGUACCGAGGCAUACAGAGAUCCCAGCUGAGUUCCCGCUGUUGGAUGAUUAUAGUCAUUCCAUUCCUGAGAACACUAACUUCCCAGUAGAUUUUGAGCCACAAAGCAACUACAUUCCAGAGACACCGCCUCCAGGUUAUCUGAGUGAGGAUGGGGAAACCAGUGACCAUCAGAUGAAUCCCAGUAUGGAUGCAGGUUCUCCGAAUUUAUCUCCAAACCCUAUGUCCCCAGCACACAACAAUCUGGAUCUGCAACCUGUUACCUACUGUGAGCCAGCUUUCUGGUGCUCGAUAUCCUACUAUGAGCUCAACCAGCGAGUCGGGGAGACGUUUCAUGCCUCCCAGCCCUCUAUGACAGUGGAUGGUUUUACUGAUCCUUCCAACUCGGAACGCUUCUGCCUGGGCUUGCUGUCGAACGUGAACAGAAACGCAGCGGUGGAGCUCACAAGACGACACAUUGGAAGAGGAGUAAGACUCUAUUACAUUGGCGGGGAGGUGUUCGCUGAGUGCCUUAGUGACAGUGCCAUUUUUGUCCAGUCUCCUAAUUGUAACCAACGCUACGGCUGGCACCCAGCUACAGUUUGCAAGAUUCCACCAGGAUGCAACUUGAAGAUUUUUAACAACCAGGAAUUUGCAGCCCUCUUGGCGCAGUCUGUGAAUCAGGGUUUUGAGGCUGUGUAUCAGCUGACCAGAAUGUGCACUAUCCGAAUGAGCUUUGUCAAGGGAUGGGGAGCUGAAUACAGGCGGCAGACUGUGACCAGUACCCCCUGCUGGAUUGAACUGCAUCUUAAUGGCCCUUUGCAGUGGCUAGACAAGGUCCUUACACAAAUGGGCUCCCCGAGCAUCCGUUGUUCCAGCGUAUCUUAAGGCAACAUCUCCUGGGGGGAAAAACAAAGACUCUGGAAAAUGGAAUCAGUUUAACCCUUAGCAAAAAAGCAUAAUAAAUAAAUUCCCUGUAGUCUUCGCACGAUCAGAGAAAGCAUCAGCUGCAAAGCACAAGAUGGUUUUUAAACUAAAUGCCCAUUUAAGCCAUUUCGCAGAACCUUCGUUAGCACUUUGGUUACAAUACGAUGGGCCGUUGGAGGUAGAGUUUGAAGCUGAAGCUUAUUAUGCUAAGAACGUGGACUUCCAGUUCUGCGGAGUGAAGCCAGCGCUCUGCACUUAGCCCUUCGUCGCGUCUGUGUUGCCUUUGCUACGUUGACUUCUGAGCACGCGGAAGCCCCUUCUGCCCUGCGGUUCGGGGAGCCCUUCUCAUCACGCUCAGCCCAGUGCCACGGCAUCUCUCUCAAGCCAGAUGCUGGGGAUCGUCCCUAUCGAGUCUUGCUUCUGCAUAACACUCUUCUGCUACUUGAUGGCCAUGUUGGUCUUCUCUGACUGCACCCGCAGCUGCCGUGGGAAGACAGACAUGUUAAAUAAAACACACACACAGAGCCUGCUAGCAAAGCACCAAAGAGAGUCCCCAGAGAGCGAACUUCUUGCAUCGGACAGCUGGCAAUGUGGCAGGCCUGGUUUUUUGAGUGACGGAUACAGUUGAUAUUGUAGGGAUCUCAGAGACUGGACUGAAGCAAAGGAGCGAAAUGAAGGCUUCCUUGAAAUGUUGUUGAAUGUAGUGGUAUUGGCUAGAGCACCUCUCAGACGUGUGUUUGAACCUCGCAGUGAACUCUUGCCACAUCUGGAUGAAUUGAGCCUUCUUUGCUAUGUAGUCCAUUGGCAUAAGUCACAUGAACUUUGCAUUGUAUCUUGAUAUGUUGAACGGUAUCUUACACUUGAUAAACGUUAAGAGCUUUGAAUUCAGUGGCUGGGUCUCGAAUUCAGUAACCAGUCGGUCCUUGCUGCCGUUCUCAGAAAAAACACCUGGAAGUGAACAGAACAAGAGCAGGCAGUGCUGCCACACAGCUUGGCAAAUUUAACCAGCAUCUCUCCGUUACAGAGAACCCCCUGCUUAAAAACUGUCUGAAAUGAUUAAAAAUGCUCCGAAGUGUGUUACUGUCUGGAAGGAAGGGGAGUGUGUAUUUUAGAUGUAUUAUAAAAUACUCAUUUUAAAUAUACACACUCCAGGCUGCUGUAAUGCUUGUUGUUCCCAGUGGUGACUGCCACAGCCAGCAGCUGCAACUUGGGGGAGGGGGGGAAAAUUCCAAUAUUUCUUGGUACAGCUAAAAUUUGCCAUAUACAUUUUGUAACGUAGUCUUUGCUACCCAACCAUCUGUUGCUUUUCGUUUGUGUUAAACAUGAUCUGCAUUUGUGCCAAACUGUUCGGAGAAAAACCUAUCUUCUUUAGAGUUUCCUAUGGAAAUCUUAUCUAGAAGACAACUGCAAAACGUAAGUGUGACUCAGGAAAGUAUAGACUGGACUGCUGUUGGCAGUGCCACGUGACAAGGCCUCUGUCCUGCAACCGUUCGUGCCCUGGGUACAGCAGCGAGGAGUAGUCCCCUUCGGUCCAGUGGAACUGCUGGAGGUGUUCAAUGGACCGCAUACACAUCGGGGUUUGAGGGUCUGUGCUUUAACUCUUUUGAUGCAUAAGGAGUUGCUGCAUACCUGCCUUUGUAGUAGUGCUUAUUCUUUUAGUAUCUCUGUCUUCAUGCGCUACCCGCAAUGCAGGGUUUGCAAAUCACGGUGUUCCUGAAAUCAGUAACAAAGAGGGAGGCAUGCAUAGCAGGCAAGGUCCCGUAGAUUUAUCCACUUCAAGCUGGCUUUUUGCCUCUCUGGGGCAGGGCAGUUAAGCUACCAGUUACUCUUCAAACACGCAGCAGGAAAUUCCUUGCCAGUGGUGUUUCUUCCUAGCAAAUGAAGGGAGGUCUUGGAGGAAAACUUUCCACCAGCAAUGAAAAAUGACUGCUCGUAUGUUAUUCCUGCCUGUGGCAGAGUUCCAGGGAAGACUUUCAAUGGCACUUGAUUUUCUUUUGAGUCACUUUUAUAGUUUCUAAAACAUUCACCUCUAGCUGUUGACAGUGGCGCGCUCAGUAAGCAUCAGUGCUUAAAGUAUUCAGGGGUAGGUAGCUUGCUGUUUCGGUGCUGCACUUGACUUGUUAAACUCUCUCUGAAUGCUUCGGACACGUGCGGCAAGAGGGGAACCAGGUAAGAUCCUCUUUCCAAAUCACACAAAAGAAAGCAAGACCCGAUUUGUCCUCAUACUUUGAUUUGAUGUAGACAGGCCCAAGUAGGGUGUACUGUGAUUUACUUCCAGGUGUGGGCUUCUGACGUCAUUGAUGGAAACACUUUAUUCUGAAGCGGGUUGUGGUGCUGGCUGAACGGCCGUGAUGCUUAGAAAGAGAAAGUGCUAUUUAAGAAUGGCCCAAGGCUUCUUUCCAGAACAUCUUCAAGCCACACUGGAUUAUUUUACUGAACAAACCCUGGUUUUGCUCUUACGUAAGCAUGGAGGAAGCUGAAGUGUAUUGGUGCAUCAUCCCCAAAAACUGACCCUUUCUGUUCCACAGCAGGAUUUGCAUUGCCCUUGAUGGUGGCCUUGGGAGUUCACGCUGAGUUUGGAGGGCAGCAGCAGGGGAAAGGAAGGAAGCUCCUUUUUGAGAUGAGAUUCCCAGAAAUAAUCUUUUCCAACCAUUACCCCACUCACAUUGGCAUUUGGAUUUAAUUUGCAAACCACUUGGAUACUGGUUCAGUUCAGUAGAGGGUUCAAAUCGGCUAACUUUUCCUGAUGUAUGGCCCAGAAAGGCAGUAUUCAGGUCACGAAAGUAAAUUUUGGUUCCAACCUCCUCACUGCGCCAAUAAAACGAAUUCUGAUUCAAAAUGUCAGUCUAUCGAUCGGUACUGUUCAAGUAAAUACGAAGGGAAAAGAUUCUUUGCUAGAAUAUUAAAAUCCUCCUUCCUUUUGUUUGCCUUCGCAUUAAUUCACAAGAGCUUUAUGGUUUUGAGAUCUCCUUAAAUUCAAGUGGGAUGUACUGCACCUUUCUAACAACUGAAAAGCAGAGCGGAGAGGAGAGGCGUCACAACGACAAUGCUCUUUUGUGUUGCACAGGUUUAAAUGGAUAAAACUCGUUCCCCUUCGGAUUUGAAAUGUACUUUACAUGUCUUAAUCGCACCAUUUUAUGUUGACACUAAUGAAAGGGAAUAGGUAGCGCUUAGGCUUAGGUUAGUGUAGUCAGCAUUGCUCCAGAGGUGCAUGUGUGAGGUGUUUAUUCUUGAUUUUUUUUUAAAUGUUUAAAUACUUAUUUUCUCAGACUUUUAUUACAGUAGCUUUGAUAUGUAGCACAAAUGUAUGCAGUCAACCAUGCCCUAGCUUAGAUUACAUACCUGUACUGGAAUACCUUCUCUCUUCGCUGUAGUCUGGGCUAGUUUACCAGGGUUUCAUACAUUUUUGUUACAAGUACAGAGUCACUAGCAGGAACUUUGACUCUCUCUAAUCGGUGUAGUCAGACACAAGGGCACGCCUGCUGGCAGGUGUUUACGGAUAGCCUUGUGGUUUUUAAAUGACUGUGGUGAUUUUUUUUUUUUUUUUUUUUAAUGAUUUAAUGUAUUGAACUGACUUGCAGUGUGCAUUUUGUGUUUAAUUAGCUCUAAGGUAACCCAGUGCUAUCGCGCUCUCUCAUCAGCAGUAGUAAAGUAUGCGUAUGUGCAAAGAGGGAGGAAUUGAAACCCAAUCCAGUUCUUCUCGAGGCUCUUGCUACUAGCAUGUACCCAGGAAUGGUGGUGACCUUUGAGAAACCAUUUCUAUCCGGCCAGUUCCCUUUCCUCUGGGGGCAGGUGUGCUCGGGGUAGCAUCCUUCGCAGGGUGAAGAAGUCUCACAUCUCUGUCUGGAGCGGGUGGUGCCCGCAUCCCCAUCUCUCGCCAGUCACUAAGUGGAAGAAGCACUAGGAGGAGGAGCACGGCUCGGCGAAGGACUUCAACGACACAGCCGGCUCCCUCCGCGAGAGCAGCCCUGGUUCUCGGGGGCGCUAGGCAGGUAGAAGUACCCCAAGUAAGCUGGUCUAAACUAGAACCAACAGUUAUUAGUUGCUAUAUAGUAGUUGAGCUUUAUGGUUAAUAAAUGCAGUAUAUUCUUUUCAUUUAUAUACAUGCUUUCAUAUUUAUGUAGCUCUUUUUAAAUACUCAGAUGAAUCCUAUUUAAUUUUUGACAGAAAGGGUACUCGGAGGGUGGAGAGGGAGAAGUGGGAAAGUCGCUCCUCCCCAGCACCCGUUAAUUGUAAAGUAGUUACUGGUGUGAUUGCAAUGGGACAUCCACCUCCAUUUCAACACCAAGUCCUGGGGGGCGAAACAAAACGGGCGGCUCUGGCAUUUGGUUCGGCUAAUGCUGCUGGAGCUUUUGUUCAAGGUGUUGCUGCUCGGCCCUUUUACCAACAAGCGCACACGGAUGGGCUGUUGCCCCCACGCUUCUGGUCCUUCAAAAUUCAUUUUCAACAAAAUGAGGGUUUAAAAAAGGACAAGCAGGCAUUGCUGAGCGAAUGCUUUCUUCAUCUGCUGUUUCCUCCAGAGCGCGAGUGCUGGAGAAGUUGGCUGCAAUGUCGCUUCCAGCGCACUCUCGAGAUGGAGGAGGCCAAUCUCCCUUUGUUUCUGGAUUGAAUUAUUCCCCCUUUAUAGCUAUGUACAAGCAUGUUUGCAUUAGAGUUUAGACUUCCUUAACCUGAGUUCGUACCUUAACGAAUGGUGCUGUCCCUUAUGUGCUUUAGCUUGUUAAGCAUUAUUCACCUAUUGUUACUCGAGGCCUGUACCAUUUAUGCCCUCGUAUUUCAUAUGUGAAACUGUAAGUUCUAUUUUUUGACAUUAAUAAAGUUUAAUUGGAAAACGGA